AUUGUCGGUGUGAAUACAUUCCAACACUCAGCUUUCCUCUUCUUUGUUGCUGCCUCAUUGGUACUCCCCGCUCCAUCUUCAGUUGCAAAUUGAUCUUCCCCAGAUGCUACAUUUGCAUUCUCUGCUCCAGUCGCUGCUACAUUCUCAACUCCCAUAGCUGCUACAUUUUCAACUUUGGUCGCUCCAUUUGGAGUAACUCCGGUUGUAGUAAUUCUGGUAAAAGGAGUAGCAUGUUACGAAUGAACUCGAUGCUGAGAAGUCGGAGGAAGAGCAGCUCUUGCUCCUUGUUGUCCUAUUCCACGAUCACCACCACAUGGUUUCUUACCGAAUCCACCUUAUCCCUAAAUCAGAAAAUACAUACUCAACAAAUAUACAGAAUAAAAAAAUACAGAAUAAAAAAACAACAUUAUCAUAAACUUACAUGGAGAGGUGUUGACGACGAGGUGGCGACGACGACGAUGGGAGGACUGGCAGACGGGAAACGAGACGACGAUGGUGGCUGUGCAACGAGGCUAGGACUGCAGGCGAGGACGACGACAACUGUGCAACAGGAGGAUUGGAAGGCGAAAGACGAAGGCGACAGGAGAUGACACCAAUGAGGACGACUUGGAGACGACUAGGCGAGGACUACGAUGAUGGGAGGGCGAUGACGAUGGAUGUGGCAAGGAGAGUUCGAGCUUUGGAGAAAAUAAGAGGAGGGUGCGGCGAGAGCGAUUUUUGGGAUUUAGGGUUCCUCGACGCAAAACCCCUCCUUUUAAUUCUCCAAUAUUGUAUUGUAGAUGUUUCAUAUUAAUUAAAUUUAGUAAUUCAAAUUAUCUUCCUAUAGUCAUUUCCCCCCUACAUUUAUACUGAAUGUUGUAGUUUUUAUAGUUCAUUUAUUACUUGGUUACUUUCCGUCUCUUGUCGUUCUAAAUGUUUUUUCAAUUACUGGAAUAUAUUUUAUUCCUUAUGAUUGUGUUCCAUUUAUCUUUCUUUGAUUUUGAUGUAUUGAUAACUAUUUUUACUGGUGUUUAAUUUUGAAUUAGGAUGUUUAAAUAGAUAUUCUAAUAUAAUUUUAAAUAUUUA